GCCGUCCGUCCCUCGCGCUGGCAACCGAUUCCAGCGACUCGGCUCGCCCGUCCUCGCUUUGCUCUCGUCGGCUCGUGGCCCCGCCAUAUGCUUUGGUUACAUGGAAAUCACCAGAAGCAUGUGAGCAGCGGCCCGUUUCAUUCUACCUCCUCGGGCCUCAAAGUAAUCCGAAGAUUCCAAAAUUUGCCGCACAUCGUCGUAAUUUGACCCCGAACGCUACAGCUAUAACCACAUAUCUUCUCCGGUUUGACUUCCUCCGGGCCUGCCUGCCUGCCUGCCUGCCCUCCUUCGGCCUGCUCUACUGUCGAUCCAUCCAAACAACAUCCGGAGAAACCUGUCAGCACCUCAUCCUUGCUUGCAUGGUGCUACUGGAGGCGACGGGCGAGGAGGAAGCGUAGUGAGGCGAGUGCCAGGGGCGAUUUGCAUCCAGAGGGUUCGCGUGGGACGAUUUGGGUAUAGAAACAGGCGCGCGCAGGGAGGGCAGACGACGAGCAUAAAAGAGAAGAUCUCUAUCGAUUGAUCGCUCUGGUUGAGCGGGAGGAAGGAGGCAGCCAGCAGCCAUGCCGUCCGGACCGAAGAAGCGGAUGAAACUCAGGAGGAAGAAACAAGGAUCUCCUGCCACAGAUGCAAAUUUGGCAUACAGUGAGACGGAAGGUCUGUCCAUCAGUGGAUCGAUGGAUGUUGACGAGCUCGAUGUCGACGAUGUCGACACUCCUACUCUCGAGAAACCGGGCGAUUGUCGUGCCCGUCCAACUUUUGACGACAAAGACGCCGUGUCUUCCCAAACGGAGGAAUGGGUUCGAGUGUCAAAUUUCGACGUGGGAACGCCCACGUCACAAACAGGUGAAAAUGAGCCACUAUUCGAGGACGCCGAUAUAAGCACGGUCAGAAGAUCGCUCGAUAAAUUGGCCGAAUGGGAGAGUGUGUCCGGGGACCAUACCCCGGAGGCAAAAGAUGGAUCCACAAACAGCCUGGAGGAGGAGCAAUCCAAAGUUGAGGUCGAGGAGAGUGCUCCGGAAGGGGCGUCAGGACACUCCAGCGAAAGCUUUUUGCAUUUGUCGUUGCCGCAAUCUGUUCAGGAGAAGGACUCCGAUAUUGACAGAAGGAGCGUUAGAAGCGACAGCUCUAGCAGUACUAGCACUAGCAGCAGCAGCAGUUCUGACGCACAUUCUACGCCCCUCGUCGCCACCAGUUCGGCUGGUGGUGAUUCAAGCAAGGUUCCUCCUCCUACCUACGAAUCCGUCGUAGCACAGACUGCCGACGACGUCGAGCAGGAGGAUGAGAAAGAGAUUGUAAAAUCGAACGGAGAUCCCGUAGAGAAGGUGGUCGUACAUGAAGGUCAAAAAUCUUCAUCGAAACCCGACGACGGCGUGCCGGAAGAGAAAGAGAUGAAGGUCGACGAGGCUAUGAGCUCCGGCGAUUUAAAAACCAAGGCGCCAACAGCAGCAGACAUCAGUGAAGAUCGAGAAAGGGAAGGGAAGGCGGCUGCCGAUGAUCUUGUUGUCGAUGCGAAACCGCCGUCCUCCACAUUCGGGGUUCUCCCCCCGGAGGCGGACGAGAUAGCAGCCGAGAGGAAGGCUGCCGUCGAAACAAUAGCAGCUGCCAGUCCCAUCGAAGAAAAGGAGAUCACUGCAUCGGCUGCCAAGGACAUUAGCGAGGUGGACACUCCUCUGGACAUACCUGUCGAAACCCCUUCCACCAAGGGGGAAGCAGUUGACGAGGACAAGGAGGUUCUGUCUCUGACGGAAGAGACUAGAAUUCCUAGUGAUAACUUAAACCGACCAGGAGAGGACGAGAAAGCAUGGCUUGAAGCAGCGGUAAGUGGUGGAAAGGCCAUCGGCUCUAGUAUUUUAGAUGCAGGAGAAAACGUCUUAAGCGAAGAUAAAGAAGUGGCAUCUUUACCCUCUGAUGACAAGCACAAAGAGACCGAGAGCAUCGCUUCUGUUAAACCUUCGGCAGCCACCGCAACUGCCGGCGAAGAUAAGGAAGCUGCGUCUACGAGCACAGAAACAGAGGAGUCGAAGAAAUUAAGCGCUAAUGUUCCGGAAUUUGAGUCCGCCCUAAGGAUCCACGAGUCCAAAACUUCUUCAGGAGAUCAAACGGAAUUGAUCGUGGACCAAGUAACAGUAAAACCCUCAGCACCGCCUUCAAAUCGAGCGGAGCAGCAGCAAGCCGUCGUCGAGGAGAGUCAUCUCACUGUCGACACAAAUCGACCGGCUGCGGUUAAGAAUGGGAUUGUGGCUAGUAAUUUGAGACCUCACAUGGAGCAAAAGUCUAUGUCGGGUUGUUGUGGUGUAAUAUACUGGUUGCUUGGCAGAGACCAUUGACCAAAUCGCCGGUCGUGGUGCGAUCGCCAAGAGAAUCUAGAGAGCUCUUUGUCCGUGAUCCUUUUUCCCGUUCUGUUAGUGCGAAAGUUGUCGAAUAUAGUAGUCCUUUUUCCUUUCGUCUGUUCAAAGAUGCAAGUGCAAGAGAAUGGAAGCAAUCAUACAUGCAGAAGGCCAGACCCAAGAUUUGAUGUGAUUUGGGGUAGGAAGUGCUGCGUUAUCUUUUGGAUGUGAGAAGUGAACGAGGGAUGAAAAUUUUGCACACGAGUGACAUGUCCAAUGAGAUGGUCCUAGUUUCCAGAGUUAGCAGAGAGGGUUGAAGAAAUUUUCCUUCUUCCAGGAGGCUUACAUAGCUACUGUGUACAGUUGUUAGAGCUUCAAUCUUCCACCGACAGUGGACAGUCUUCUAAUCUUACCAAAUUGGUCUUUUUAUUAUUUCGGGGUGCUGAAGCUGCACACGCCUGGCCUCAAGUUCAAUUACCCCUCCCUUUGCUUAACCAUAUUGGCAGCAGCUCUGUCUUUGAGUAGAUGUUGAGUUAUUUAUAUAUAGGAAAUUUGUAGGGGAGCAUCCUUGUCACAAAACUGUACAUCAAGCUCUGCUCGGUUAGUUUCUUCCGUAAUAAGUAUGUAAAUGUUGUUACGUUCUUUUUCGCGUGUACAUAAUCACAAAUAAACUUUUUUGUAUGG